AUGGGUGGCGGUGGAGAGAUUGCGCUUCACGGCCAGUCUUCAAAAUUGUCUUCAUUUUUGUCCCUAAAAGAUGUAUCGACGAAGACUAUCAAUACGCCGACGACGGUUCAAAAUUUGACGGAAAAGAUGAAGACGAAGAAGAAAAACAUAAACAACACGACGGAAAAAGAAGAAGAAGAAGAAGAGGAAGGAAAGCAACAAAAACAACAAAAACAACAACACCAACAACCUCAUCGUCGCAUGCGUUUGGAUGGAUUGCAAAAUUACGGCACGGAGUAUUGCUGGGCGUUAGAUAAAUCUGGUACGCCGUGCGAGAAAAAGGCACAAAAAAAAUGUCCCGUGCCGUAUUGUUUGAAACAUUUACGGGUUGGAGACGACGCGUUUUCCACGAGAGAACAUCCUCUCGGGAUUGGUAAGAUCUUGAUCGCCAAUUUUGACUUACCAAAGAAUUACAAAAUGGUGUACUUUGGAACCCGGAAACCGGUCAGAAAGUUGAACAAAUUGAGAAAGGAUUACAUGUUGUCGUUUUGGCAAGGCGGCGGCGUGAUAGACCCGCAAGACUGCCCCGUAUCGUCGAAACUUCAAUACAUGUCUAAUCCUGGGCCGGCAGAACGAUCGAACGUGACGUGCACGGAUCGCAUGUUUGGCGAUACCAGAGACGAAGGAAUCGUUGGGAGAGAGUAUAAAACGACGGAAUUCAUCCCGAAAGGCACGCAAAUGCUUCAGUUUUACGGUCCGCAAUGGUUCGCUUCGCGCGACAUGGAGAAAAUCAACGUUGGAACGAACAAAUAUCCAGCGCCGUUGAAAAGAAAGCGAGUUUGA